UUUUAUGCUUUGAUUCAAUUACUCAACAUUGUACCAUUUCUCAGUUUGAAUCGUCCAACAUGUUCCUGUGAGGAAGCUACAAGCACUAGGGAAUUUGUACCACAAGAAAAACUGGAUGUCAUCCUCAAACACAGAGCAAAGGAGUACAGGCAACACCAACUGAGGACAAGGAGAAACUCUGAAAUUCUUCUUGCACCGGCCAACUCUCCUCUCCAAUACCCAUUCAGAGGUUUCACGGUAGCUCCUCUGAAAAAAAGUGUGAUACCAGGUCUUGCUCUUCAAACACAAGAGAGGAAGAUGUACAAGGUGUCCCUGAGUGUGAAGAGUGGAGUGCUCUCAGUGGAUGAUGUUUUAGAUGGAGAGCAGGUGGAUGGACAGGAUCAGACUGAAUUAAGCAUCUCAUCUUCCAGCCUUUCACAUCUAAAUGAUCUUCUGGGAAGAGUGACGUAUACCAGCACCAUCUACCACAUCAGAACAUCAGAACUGGUUCAAUUCUCUGUUGAAAACCAUAAGGCCAUGUUUCCCAUCAUGAUGAGGAGACCCACAAUUCCUGUUCUGUUUGACCCAGGAAACGAUAUCAACUCACAGGUAACCAUAGCAACCAAGACCUUUCUAAGAUAUAAGGAGUUAAAAGUACUCAUCAAGAGCAUCCGAAAGUUUUACCCCAACAUCAAGAUCAUUAUUGCAGAUGACAAUGUUCAGCCGGAAAGUGUUUCGGGGCACAGCAUAGAGCACUAUGUCGUGCCCCCUGCAAAGGGCUGGUUCGCAGGAAGAAACCUACUUGUAUCACAAGUCACCACCAAAUACUUUCUGUGGGUAGAUGACGACUUUAUCUUUUUGAACGAAACACGGAUUGAGAGCUUUGUGGAGAUUAUGGAAGCGAUUCCAGAACUUGAUGUACUUGGUGGUGAGGUGUCAGGUGAACAAUUCUAUUUCAGAUUGGAGUAUGUCGAAGACGAUGAGGAAGGUGGCUGUCUAAGACGCUUUAGAAGAAGCUAUCAUCAGCCUCUUUCACACUUUGACGGAUGCUUUAUCGUAGAUGGAGUCACCAAUUAUUUCUUGGCUCGGACUGAUGCAGUGAGAAGAGUUGGCUUCGACCCUUUUCUGAAAAGAGUUGGCCACACCGAGUUUUUCAUUGAUGGACUCGGACAGCUGAUGGUUGCCACCUGUAAAAACCUCUCCAUUGGCCAUCAGACACAUCAAGCACAUGACAAAUAUGAUAAAUACAGGACUCAGGAAAAAACUGAGGAACAGAGAAAACUUACCCAUCAUUUCUUUAAGAAUUAUCUCAACUGUAUUAAGUACUGA